GCGUGCCGUGUUCUGCGCUGGCUCUCUGAAGAGCCAGGACCUUCUCAACGUACAUCAGAAGGUCACCUUGGAGUUUAUUAAACACAGAGUUUCUAACUAUCGAGUGAGGAGCUAGUGGAAUAAAUAUAUCUCAAGAGGCCGGACGAAAGCAGACAAUGCCUCGUUAUCUAAAAGUACUAACGUUGGUGGCGGCGGCUCUGGGCUUUUCAUGUUGCAAGCUUUCCGAGACACCCACCUGCUCAGUUGUACAAGGGCUUCCGGGUCUUAAUGGAAGAGAUGGACGAGACGGGGUCAACGGUCAAAAAGGCGACCAAGGACCAAUGGGGCAAACUGGGCCUCCUGGUUUAAGAGGCAUCAACGGACCCCCAGGUAAAAUAGGACCUCCGGGUCAGAAAGGAAUCCAAGGAGCAAAAGGAUCGAUUGGUUUACCAGAUGUUUCUAUGGCUACAAAAGUCUCAUACUUGGAAAACAAAAUUGCCCAACUAGAGAAGAGUAUCGCAGUUCUCAAACAAGAUACAUCAGCAUUGUUGGAUCAGCAACUCCUUCGCCUGUCACAGCUAAAUCACGGCAUAUCCAGACUGGAAGGAGUUUUUAUGAUGGAAGGAAAAAUGAAAUCAGCGGGAAAAAAGAGAUUCGCGACCAACGGAAAGGUACUGGAUUUUGAAGCCUCUAAAAAAACAUGUGAAGCUGCCGAUGGACAACUUGCCACUCCUAUGAACGACGAGGAGAACGACGCCAUCUUGGAUAUCGUGAAACAACACAACACUUACGCGUAUUUGGGAAUCAGGGAGGGAAAAAUACCCGGGGUUUUCCAUUACCUAGACGGGCUUCCGGUUACCUACACUCUUUGGAGCCCAUCUCAACCUGGUGGGAACGGAGCAGAAAAAUGCGUUGAAAUGUAUACCGAUGGGACCUGGAAUGACAAGCCGUGCAACUAUUACCGUCUCGUCAUUUGUGAGUUCUAAAUUGGUAGAAAAAAAUCAAGUCGCCCAAAUGUAUCUCGUAAAUACAUUUCUGUUCUUGGCGUAUAUUAUUCUAACGCAGACCAUAUUGUGGGAUCAACAUCUUUUGUUAUAACAAAAUGUAUAAAAUACUACAUUUUUUAUACUCUUGAACAAUAAAAUAAAAA